ACUACAACCAACAUGUCUGGACGUGGCAAAGGAGGAAAGGGACUAGGAAAGGGAGGCGCCAAGCGUCAUCGCAAGGUGUUGCGUGAUAACAUCCAGGGAAUCACCAAGCCCGCUAUCCGUCGUCUGGCCCGCCGUGGUGGUGUCAAGCGUAUCUCUGGUCUGAUCUACGAGGAGACCCGUGGUGUCCUUAAGGUCUUCCUUGAGAACGUCAUCCGUGAUGCCGUCACAUACUGCGAGCACGCCAAGAGAAAGACCGUCACAGCCAUGGACGUCGUCUACGCUUUGAAACGCCAAGGCCGUACCCUGUACGGAUUCGGCGGUUAG